AUGGGUUUCAGCAAGAGGUCGGGACUGGCGGUUGCCGUCCUGCUCGUCCAAGGUAGCUUUGUUUCAACACAAACUACCAUCACUAUUACAGGGGCCACUGAUAUUUCCACAAGCUCCUCCAGCUCCUCUACCUUCACGAGCUUUUCCGACCCCAUCUGGCUCAACGACCUCCUCCAACCCCGCAACCUCGUCGCCGAGCCUCUCGACUUCUUCUUCUGUCCUUACGACUCCCUCUGGCUCGACGACCUCCUCCGACCCCGCAACCUCGUCGUCGAGCCUCUCGACUUCUUCUAUCCUUACGACUCCCUCUGGCUCAGCAACUUCCUCCGGGCCCGUAACCUCGUUGAGCCUCACAACCUCCUCCUCUAUCCCCACAACUCCCUCUAG